AUGUAUGAUGAGAGUGAGGACAGUGAUGAUUAUGCCCAUUCAUCCACAUCAACAGCAAGAUACCGCAGAGGAAAUAACAGCUAUCGAAGAGGGAAACAAAGCUACAAUCCGAAGCCGCAUUUGGUGACGAUCGUCAAGUCGAAUACAGGGUUCGGGUUCAAUGUGAAAGGUCAAGUCUCGGAGGGUGGCCAGCUGCGAAGUAUCAAUGGGGAAUUGUAUGCACCGUUGCAACACGUAAGCGCAGUGCUGCCAGGUGGAGCCGCGGAGAGAGCCACACUCCGGAAAGGGGAUCGAAUAUUGGAAGUUAACGCAGUGAAUGUCGAGGGUGCUACUCAUAAACAAGUCGUCGAGUUGAUCAAACAUGGAGGGGACCAGCUGAAAAUGCUCGUCAUAAGCGUACCCGAUUCGGAGGCGAAUAGAUUCGAGAAUGGCGAGGAAAGCACGAUCUCCUUUCGUCACGAUUACUCCGAUAGUCGAAGUCUUCCGAUCUCGAUCCCAACCUGUCAAACGAUCUCAAAUAAAGAGGGGAAAUUUGUGGUUUUUCACAUUCACAUGGCUGGUCGUCAUCUUGGCUCUCGUCGAUAUAGUGAAUUCGUUGAGCUGCACAAUUUGUUAAAGCGUGAGUUCUGUGAUUUCGCUUUCCCGAAAUUACCUGGGAAAUGGCCGUUUACCUUGUCAGAACAACAACUGGACACGAGGAGGCGGGGUCUCGAGCUUUAUCUUGAGAAAAUCUGCUCGGUGAGGGUGAUCGCUGAUUCGGAUAUCAUGCAGGAUUUCCUCAUGGAGUGCGACUCGAUUUGCGAAGUGGAUUUGCGAGUUUUACUGCCCGACGGGAAAACGGUCGCGUUUAGCUGUGCUCGUACCUCAUCGACGUCAACUGUCUACAGUCUUGUGCAAAGUAAUCUGUUGAUGACUCGAGAAACGGCCACUUUCUGUGCAUUGUAUGAGGCACUUGACCCGAAUUUUGAAAGAAAACUCUGUGAUGAGGAGUUACCCCAUUCGUUGUACAUACAAAACUACUCAUCCGCCUCGUCGUCGUGUCUCGUUUUGAGAAAGUGGAUCUUUGACGUGAGUUGGGAACGAGAGCUGUGUGAGCGAGAUCCAUUAUUCCGAAGAAUUGUCUAUCAUCAAACGAUUCAUGAUAUAAAUCAUGGGAGAAUCAAGGCAAAUCAGAAAAUGUAUCAGUUGAAAGCAUUGCAAAGUGAGGAUCGAGCUGAGCAGUACUUGGAAAUGGCUCGUGCCCUUCCUGGCUAUGCAUGUAUCACUUUUCCGCCGUGUCACUGCGAUUGUCGAAACUCAGGAGAGGUGAUAUUGACGCUUUCGUUUGAUGCCAUCACUCUGUCCACAUGGCCUGAAGAGGACUCGUCCACUUCAAUCGACUGGUCGAUGAUCGUCGGUUAUCGGAGUGGAGAAGAGGGACAAUGGUUCGCAUUCGAGCACGAGAGAGCCGGGAAAAAGAAUAAGAUCAUCAAAAUGUAUACACAAUAUGGCGAUUAUAUGGCUGAAUGCUUUGCGAGGAUUCGAGUUGAGAAGGAUAUGGCAGUGAAGAGGGGAGACAGAGUCGAGAUUUUGAAUGGAGUUAAAAGAUUUCAAUCUUCCAUCGAAACUGAUGAGGAAAAUGGGGAUAACGAGCGAAACGAGCAAUCGGAACGAGCAGAUGGAAAAGCAAGAAAUGAGAGGAGAACGGCUGAGAUUCUAGAUGAACUC